AGCGCGCAUUAGAAUCACACUCUAAGCAGCCAUGAGCAAUUGGUUUACAGAUAAGGUCAACCACCUGGUGCGAGAGGUACGCGAGACACAGAAGUCCGGAUCUCGCAAUGCGGAUGAUCUUGCCAUGGAGCUUGAGAGCCAGGCACGCCGUGUAACUCUUCCCCAGGGAGCUGUAGAGCUCGUGAGCAAGUGGGUGGAGCGCAGCGACAGCGGACAGGGCUCCUUCACUUUGGGGCGGGAGAUGCCAGGCGAAACGGUCCAUGGCAGAACCUUUGUCCUUCUACCAGGCGCUCUUGCGUAGCCAAGCCUUGGAAUCCCUACUGGAGACAUGCACCAAGGUGCCCGCUUUACGCUCCGAGCUGCUGAAAGGUAAACGCCCAGGUGUCGACUCCGACAUGGUGCCAAGUGCUUUGAGCCGCGCACUGCAAUGUUUAGUCGAACGCCUGCUACUGCCCGGUGCCUUGUCAUUGUGGCCCACACUGUUGGAGGCUCUCCUCGGUGAUGAAUUUGGACCUUUGAAGGCUGGCAGCUGUCGGCUUUGGGCCAAGCGCGCACUGUCCUUGGUGAAGCGCCAGUGGAAAUACGAGCUAAUCCCGUUGACUUUGCGCUGUUUGGAUCGGAAAUUGGCUGCUUUGGUAGCACCUCCUCAAGAGGUGGGCGACACUGCAGAGUUGCUACGCUCAAAGGAGGGGAUGUCCAAGGUUGGCAUCCGUGCCGCCCUGAACCGCACGCGGCUCAAGGCGGCCGAGGCCGAAGCGUCGCGCCUGCGCACACGGAGUGAGCUGCUCUGUGACGCAUGCGCUCGCCUGGAGGUAGCUCAAAGCUCCACACAGACAGAGCUGCCGGAGGCCGAGCAGCUGUUGAAUGCGGCUGAUGUGAUGAUUGCGAGCCUUGACCAAGGCGUCAAGGAAUUGAGUGCAGAGCAAGAGAAUCUCAGGGAUUCCUUGAACGACUUGAAGGCCGGCUUGGAAAAGCAGAUGGGUGAGUUCAAAGAGACUCUCUCAUCAUUCUCCGCCAAGCGUGACUUGCUUGAAGCAGAGCAGAAGACCCUGACCUUGCGCUUAGAAGAAGUGCAGAUGCAGCUCAUGGAGUUGGAGGAGGCCAGCGGAGCCUACCAGCGCAGGUCCAAAGAGCUGGAAAAUCAGCUGAAGGAAAACACCAAGCACUUUGAGGAGAAGAUUGCUGGCGCCUUUUGCCAACAAAAGCGUUUGGCUGAUGAGAAGCUCCGGGCUGUUGCUUGUAAGGCGUGUGCCCACACUGCCCGCGACGUGGUGGAAGACGAAGAUCUCCGCCGUGCGGCCGAGCUCAGCGCCCAGCUGCGGCGCCGGCGCCGGGACUUGCGGCGGAGCUUCGGGCGGUAUUUGCGCCAAGAGAGGUUGCGCUUGGAAGCUCUGUCCGGCGACCAUGACAGCAAGGGUGAUCGCCUGGAGCGAGCCUGGCAAGAAGUGCAGGAACUUUUGCAGCGUGCCCUGCCACUUUGCAAGGAGAGCUCCAGCUCCCAGAAGAGCGAGAACCCUGCGCCGUGUGUGGAUGUGGAGGACUUGCUGAAGCAACCAUUGCCCGAAGAUGCAGCAACUUUCUUUGCCCAGGAGUCUGCCAAAGGCCAGAGCUGCAUUGACUGCGGUUUGCCCGAUGCAGAUUGGGCCAGUGUCUCCUGCGGGGCUUACCUUUGUGUGGAUUGCGCAGGGCGACAUCGUGGACUUGGAGUCCAUUUGAGCUUUGUGCGCUCGACCACCAUGGACAUUUGGAGCCCUCAACAACUGCGAAGGAUGCAGCUGGGAGGCACUCACCGUUUCCGAGAGUUUCUGGAGGGCUACCCCAAGCUCCAAGAGCCUCACAGCAGCGAAAGCCUUUUUGCGCGCUACAAUUCUCGGGCAGUGGCCUACUACCGGCAGCUCCUGGAGCUUCAAUGCGAAGGGAAAUCCACGGCUUCAUCGGAGGUUCCAGCCGCGAGCGAAGGCCACCUUCCAGCAGAAGCAAGCCAAGAUUCUUCGCUGGAAAAGGGUGAAGAGGAUGAGGAGGAGACUGCAUUAGGCAGUGUCGAGGAAGAGCUGGCCGCCCUGGAGUCUGCAUACACCAGGCAUGGAAAUCUGUGGGUCCAGAUCGAAGAAAGUUUUAAGAUUUAA